AAUGUUGAGCAGUUGAGAGCUAUGAGGAUCAUUGCACACUACCUAUGUGCAGGGCCUCGAGAACAACCGCUCAUGUACAUUGGUGGCAGUGCAGGGAUGGGAAAAAGCCAUGUUAUAUGCAGCAUGGAAUCACUGUUUGACAAAUUGUUCAUCCAGGAUAAGCUGCACCUCAGUGCUCCUACAGGAGCAGCAGCAGUCCUGAUUGGAGGGUACACAAUACACUCUCUGACACAGCUACUGGCUAUGUGCAGUUUGAGGGUCAACCAGGAUAGCUUGGAGCAAGUGUGGCAACAUGCACAAUGGCUUGUCAUCAAUGAGAUAUCAAUGGUAUCCAGCAAGUUAUUGUAUGAAAUAUCA